UUUUAUAUUUCAGUUUUUUCUCUCUUAUCUUAAAUUUAUUUUCAAAGUUUUCGCGUCCAAGUUUCACAUAAUUUCCGCUUGGCGGAGUUUUGACAGUUCAUGGAAAAAAAAUAUUCGGUGUCGCGUCUAGUAUAUCUUCGCGUUUCGUGGCUAAACGAAACGCGAACAUAACCAAAGAAAAAUUUUGCGAAAAAUAUUUACGGUUUAUACGCGAAACGCGAGAUGUAACGUCGUAUUUUAAUAAUUUAUCCCGUUUAUUUCUGCGACGAGACGCGCAAAUCUGGACAUGGAAAGUCACGUCGCGCGAAGACAAGUAAAAAUCGCGAAAGAGCUCACCGCAUUUUCACCCUGUUUGAUUCCGUUACUAAAUAUAGGAUUUAUUUUUAGGUUGGAGCUAGACGUGAUUUGAAUCGGGAAUCUGCCCCAAAAUCAGAUUUCUAGGAGGGACAAAAAUGGCAAAUGAUGUGAUAAUCAGGGGUAAAGAUAGGCUACAAGAGAUUAGUAUGAAAUUGGAGCAGAGUCAUUUAGUGUAUUUGCAAACGGAUGACAGUCCAUUGAAGCUGCAACAACGACACAAAUUGGAAGGCUUUAUAAAGGAAUACCUUUGUCUGGUACCCAACGAGAAUAAAUAUGUAUUUCAAGAGACAGCAAAUAUUUUGCACAGAUCAGCAGCGACGGUGACAGAUUUCAGUGGAUACAGAGCAGCAACUGCUUGGAGUGCAAUUUCCUUGUAUGCGGCUAAUCUCUUGGCACAGCCUUGGCGAAAAGAAUACAGGACAGUGAGGACGUACAGCGGUUACUACAAGCACGAAGUGGAGGCGAAUUUGAUAGGCGCGGAAUUAAUGUUUGAGCAAAUGGGAUAUAAGCACACUGGCCUGGGUGUCCUGACCUUGGAAGGACCGAUAGAUCCAGACAAAGUCUCCAACGUCAGCAGAGACGCUAUUGUAGCCUUCGUGGAAUGUCAGAUUCUGAAGCAGAUCUGGGAGAGCGUGUCGCAGAAUUACACCAUCUCCUGGCUGGAGGUGCUGGAGUUCCGCGAGAAUCACGUCGGCACGCCGGAGCAGGCGGUCCGGGCGUUGAACUACCGCUUCCUCGAGAAGGUACAUCAGAAUCGGUGCGCGAAGAUCGACGGUUUCAAGGAUCUUUACUAUCCGCAGCAGCAGCAGACGAGCGUGGAACCCGUCCCGUUGCAUCUACCCUAUCACCAUCAUCAUCACCCAGUCGUGCACGUCAAUUACAACGCGACGAUGCCCGCAGUUUGCCAGCAAACCCCAACGGACUAUCGUUACUACCAACACCCGCCGAUGGACCACGGUUUCGUGAAUUGCUGCAACAGCUACGGCUGCCUGCCUGCUCACGGGAAUAAGUUCUAUGGCACCGCUGUCACCCAGCCGAAUCCCUAUUGCGCCACCCUGCCGGCGUACGCGACCCGAGUGCCAACGGGUAGACUGAUAGAGCUCGACGUGCCGGCGUCCGUGGCGAAUUACGCGGACAAGACGCACCGGAAGUCCACGUCCCAUCGGAUAUCGGACCUGGACGAGGUGGACCUGUACAGACGGCAGACCUCGAGCGACGGGGACCACCAGGAGUGCAGGAACGAGAAGCGGCAGGUCGCCAGCAAGCUGAACUCCGGCGUCAGCAAGGACGGCUACGACACGUGGGACUUCGUCUACAGGAAUCUUGAGAGCCUGGGAUAUUACAAGGACCUGGACGAGCGGGACGACGUGCUGCUGCAGCACAAGAAGGAGCCGUUCAAGCACAAGACUCUCCGGCAGACGGAAAACGAGGACAAGUAUAGAUACGACAAGAAGAGAAGCGGAGUGAAUGAGGUCGACGCGUCUGAGAUGAACGGUAAGGGUCAUCAUCAUCAUCAGCAGCACCAAGACGUUCUGCCCUUCAAGAAGAAGUCCUCGUCCUUUGACCUGUCAGACUCGAACAGACACAGCGAAACGUACAACAACAGGGCCGACAAGAGGCACAACAGCCAAACCCUGCCGAUUCCGCGGACGCACAGGUCCUCGGACCAGAUAGCGAGGAUUGCGGACUCGCUUCAGAAUCUCGACGUCGCGCGAUUAGGCAAAGAGGAGAGGAAGGAGGAUGGUGAACAACAGGUGGCGAGGAGGUGGAACUGCGCCACCUGCACCUAUCUGAACACUCCGGACCGGGACAUCUGCGAGAUGUGCGCCAAGUCGAGGUGCAAAGGCAACGAGGACAAGCCGCUGGCCAGCGGCGGCAAGGAGUGCCCCAAGUGCACCCUGGUGAACGAGAAGAAUGUCUCUAUCUGUGAUGCUUGCCAUACCAGUCUGAAGGAUUCCCCGACGUACAUUUAGACAGAUUGACGGGAGAAAGAGAGAAACGCGAAGGAGGAAGGAAGGUUCUCGCACAUUUCUCACAAAAAUUUUGCACAAAGGUAUUGCUUGUAAGAUAUGGAAGCUUGGAACGAAUCAGUUGUACGUGAAUCUUUUUCAACGACCUAAAAUGAAACAUGAAAUACAGACAACUUAGAGGCAUAAUAAAGAAAAUAUGCAGGGUGUCCCGUUCAAACUUUCGGAUUGAAAACCAAAGUUUUUGUCGAAAAACACGUUUCGUACUAAAGUUUUAUAACCUCGAGGGGAACACAAGAUAGUAUUAUUGGUUUGAUCUUGGAUAAUUAUUUAAAGGUCACGUGAAAACUCCCAUUUUUCAAUGCAUAUUCUUGCAGUUUAUCUCGAGAGAGCUUUCCAAAACAUUAUAAGUAUUUUCUCUUAAGAUAGGUAUUGAAAAAUAGGGGUUUUCAUUUAACAAAUUAAAGAUUACCUUCACGUGACCUUCAAAAGAGCAUCUAGGGUCAAAUCUCCUACAACUUUUGCAUGAAACAUUUUUCGCGCUGAAAAUCUUGGUUUUCGAGAAAUUUCAAUCCAAAGGUUAAAAUAGGACAUCCUGUAUAUAUUAUAUAUAUAUAUUAUAUAUUAAUAGCGUAUAUACAUGAAUCUUGAUUCGUAUACAAAGAGAAGAAAAAGCUAUUUAUUUAAAAUUUAUCUCAUGCAGGAUAAGGGAGCUUGUAAUAUAACAAAACUUUUGUAGCAUUGUUAGUAUUAUAUUGUUAUGUUGCGUGGCCUAUCAAAUGUAUCGAGUAGACAUUUGAAAUCACAUGCAGUCACAAUAACUAUCAUUAGUAUUAUUAUAGCGUUUGACGAGACUUUGUCACAUUAAACGAUGAAAUUUAAUCCGAGAUAUUAGGCCGAGGCUCGUAAAACGUUGAGAUUAAUUAAGAAGUGCGCAAAACACUGAAAUGUUAUUUGUGCAAAAAAAGAAAAAAAUAUUUAAUCAUACGUUUGAUUCUGUUUAAUGCGUAUACGUAAUUUUCGUGCAAUUUACUUGUUAAAUUAAAUAAUUAUCAUUGAGGACUCGAGUAUUAAACUCUGUUUUUUUAUGAACAGAAGAAUUGAACGUAAUUAAUUUUAUAAAAAGAAAGAGCGUUGCAAUAAAUUUUGGAAAGUUAGGUAUUGUUAUUGAAUAAUGAAUAAAUUUUAUAUAGCCCCAUCA